GCCACUCGAGAUAUCAUCAUCGUGAUGAAAUUGCGAUCCUUCAUCGAUAUAUCAGAGUAGAAGCAGCAGCACAAGGUCACGUGCCGGCGGACUUAUCUUUCGUCGCUGGCAGUGCAGGCAAACACCGGACAGAGGACGGCUCGCAGCUCGCCAUGGACGUUAGCAGCCUCAGUCUACAUGAUCCACGUCAAUAUGUUCCUGAUUUGGUCAGGCUGGAGGAUGAAACCCUUGAAAAUGAACAUCAAGAACUCAAAACUCUAAAUAAUGUUUAUUCCUCGACAACAAGUGAGAUAGACAAGACAUCGGCAGUACCUCAGAUUCUGGCCACCGCUGCUGUUACAGGCUUCCAUCUUGUAUGUGGAGUGUCACUGGGUUUCUCUGCGAUAUUUAUUGCAAGUGUGAUGAAGGAAGGAAGCGAUCUCAAACUUUCGAGUACACAAUCAGCAUGGACAGCAAGUGUCUUAGUUCUUGUCGUACCGAUUGGGGCAUUACUUGGAGGUAUCCUCAUGGAAGCAUAUGGACGACUGAACGCGAUAAAAAUGGCUGCUAUCCCAUGUGCAGCUGGAUGGAUAUUAGUUGCUGUUGGACAAAGUUUCCUACCUAUAUUUAUUGGACGUAUACUGACUGGAAUAUCGGGAGGUAUGGGAACGAGUCCAGCUGUUGUGUACACAACUGAAAUCGGAAGACCAGAGAUCAGAGGAGCACUUACAGCAUCAGGGCCAUCUCUUGCAUCACUGGGGAUGCUAAUUAUUUAUGGAGAAGGUGCAAUAUUAGAUUGGCGCCUCUGUGCCUGGCUCAAUUUAAUCUACGCAUUUGCGCCAAUAAUAGUGAUGACUAUCUGGAUACCUGAGAGCCCAGUGUGGCUUGUUACAAAAGGAAGAAUUGAUGAGGCAGAAAAAGCACUGAAAUGGUUAGGAGGAAACAAUAAAACAAGCCACAAGAAACAACUAGCAGCUAUGGUCAGAUCACAGGAUAUGAGAGCACUAACAGCUCCAAAUUUCUUUCAGGGAUUGAAAGUAUUUCUGAAACCCACAGCAUAUAAGCCAAUAGCAAUUAUGUCAGUGCUUUUCAUCUUUCAGCAGUUUUCUGGAAUUUACAUGACUUUAUUUUAUGCAAUAAAUUUUUUUGAGGAGGUUGGAACUGAACUUGAUCCUAAUCUUGCAACAGUAUUUUUGGGACUAAUGAGAUUUGGAAUGAGUAUAGUAAGCACAAUUUUGAUGAAACAUUUUGGUCGACGGAAACUAGUUAUAACUAGUAGCCUUAGUAUGGCAGCUUGUAUGACAGCUUCAGGACUGUCAACAAUGCAUAUAAAAAAUGGAGGUGGUGGGACAUGGAUCCCUGUGGCAUGUAUUUUGGGAUAUGUGUGUGCAAGUAUGAUAGGACUACUUGGAAUUCCAUGGACUAUGACAGCGGAACUUUUUCCAACGCAAAUAAGAGGUCUUGCACAUGGCAUACUUAUGUCAUUUGCUCAUAUAGUCAUGUUUGUUACCAUACAGUAUUAUUUUGACAUGCUGAAUUUCUUUGGAGGAGCACAUGUGUUGCAAUGGUUUUUUGCAGUGGUCUGUAUAAUGGCUGCUGUACAUGUAUGGAUUUUCCUGCCAGAAACACAUGGUGUUGCGCUAUCAGAUAUUGAAAAGUAUUUCCGUGAAAACACAUUUUAUUUUAUGUAUGCUAGGAAACAGGCAAGGCAAACAAAAGUCACAAAUCCUUAAAAUAAAACAACUAAAAAAGAUAAAAUAACCAGGUAACCAUUAUUUGACUUUUCAAUUGUUACAUUGUCCCCAAUUGCACAAAUUCAGUGAAUAGGUAUUAAACUUAGUCUAGCUUUGUAUGAUACACCAAGCAAGACCUAAAUAGGCCACAAACCAAUAACAAGGCUUUUUUUGCUGAUUAAAUCAUUUUUAUGAGCUAGGACUCAUUUGCUCACUUUGGAUAAGUUGUAUAUUUUGUACUUGUAAAUAGUGUUAGUUUUUUGUCAGUGUUACAGGUAUACAAUAAGGUUAGUGGAGAUUUCAAAUCCCACAAAAUUAUUUAUUGAUGUCAAUUAAUAAACAAAUUAUGUUAAAUUAAAGUAUUACAUCAUAAGUUGUAUCAUCAGGUGUUAAUGAGGAUAAUUGGAAAGAUCUAGGAGGAAUUUUUGUUUUAAAUGAUCAUUUUAAUUACUGUGUGGGUUACCAAUGCUCUGUAUAACACAUAAAGCUUCAUAGAUGUUAUUGUUAAUGUUUGGGUAUCAUAUAAGAUCUGCUUCUUCUUCCCCCUCCCCCCCCCCCCUUUCCCUAGUCACAGCAAAGCCUUUCAAAUGCUGUACAUAACAGUCUACCAUACUGUAUCCCUGUACAGUCCCACGGGCAGCAUGACACCAUCUUUCCCCACCCCUGUCCUGCUAUUCCUCCCAUGUCCCACCCCAAACCUCUUCCGUACCCCUACCCAAUCGAGCCAAGAUCGCUACUCACUUCAGUCUGGUCUCAGUGCCCAGAGACAACAGUGGCCGUGUGUGUGUGUGUGUGUGUGUGUGUGUGUGUGUGUGUGUGUGAGAGAGAGAGAGAGAGAGAGAGAGAGAGAGAGAGAGAGAGAGAGAGAGAGAGAGUACUUAGUUUUCUUUCAAAUGUUCUUGGCUACUGUGCAAUGCUUCCUUUAUGUGGUGAGCAAUGGUCUUUCCUAAUUCAUGUUGUUAUUCCAUCUUGGAUAUCCUGUUGUCAGAUAAAAUAUUGCUUCACAUCAAUUCUUAAAGGAAGGAACUUACCAAAAUAGUAAACUGAUAGCUACUAUCAGUUUCACAUAUUUACAUAGGACAGGCAAUAUGCAGUCUUUGUGUAUGCUUUGACAAAUAUAUUGCUUUAUCUCUUGCCUUCCUCUGCAUAUACAGAAGUUCUCAUUAUUUCACUGUAGAACAAUAAGCAAUGUUAUUGUCAUUAUUUUAAUUAUUAUGAAUCAGUGACCAGUACCUUUCUAGGUAUAUGAGAGUAUAUGAGAGUAAGAAGUACGUGUAGCAGAAAUUAGUAAAAAAUAGAUCCUCAAAAAUUUCUAGAUACUAGCAAUUCAUAACAGCAAAACUGUACUGUCUGUUAACACUAGAAUAUUAUUUAUUAUCUAUAAAUGUGUAAAAAUAAAAGUCAAUGAAAAACUUUUUCAGUUCAUUUUCAAAUUUAGCUUUGCUGUAUGUUCGACAUCUUAUAUAGUUUUGUAAAUGACCAAAAGUUUUGGUGGCAGUACUGUGCAGCAGUUUUUGUGCUAAAGACAACCUAAAUAUGAAGUAAUGAAUGUCAUUUCUCUUCUGGUAUUGUAAUUAUGUACAUAACUGUUCCUUUAGAACUAUAGUAGAUCAUUUACAGCAAAACUUUGUGAGAAAAUAAAUAUACUGUGCAAAAUGCCUAACUCCUUAAACAGUUGUCUACAAGAUGAUCAUGUGUGAGCACCACAUAUUAUCUGUACAGCACAUUUUUCAGCAAUGGA